AUGGGGAGACCUGAGGCCCAGAGAGGUGAGAACUAUCACAAUGCAUCAGCAAGUAGCAGAGUAGAGUGUGCAUCUGAGCCCCUCAGGCUCUGCGAGCCCUUUCCACGUGUUCCAGAUCCCCAGACCAGAAGGCACUGCCCAGCAACCCUAGGACAAGUCUGCGUGGGAGGCCAGAGACCUGCUUUUCCUAUCACCUCUCUGGGCCUAGAAUCUCGGGUGAUAAGACCAUCAAUGACUGCAAGACUCUGGUCUUUCCGGAAGCGUAACCGUGGAAGAGAUCCCUGCUCCUCCGUGACACAGCUGUGCAAUUGGGAUGAAACCUUCAGGUAG